AUGACAUCAACUAUUGAACUUAUGAAGCAAUUUUAUGGUAUUCAGGAUGACGACAGCACUGAGCCGCCACCUGAUCCAACAGACAUUGAUGGAAAUGCUUUUGAAGCAGAACCAUAUUAUAAAAACUUAAUUAACAAUCAAAGCUUACCGGCAUUGAUUACAAAAGACCUUACUAUUAAAAAGGAAAUCCAUGAUCUCGAUGGUAGUCUUCAAUUUUUAGUUUAUGACAAUUAUACAAAAUUCUUGCUUGCAGAAGAAACAAUUCGUUCGAUGAGUGAUGGUCUCAGUAAUCUAUCUUCAAAAAUGCAGAACGUUCUUGACUGUCUUCAAAAAGUUCAAAAACAAUCCGCGGAAAUUCGAACAGAUCUUCAGCCAAAUCGUGAAAAAAUCCAGCGUCUUGUUGGUAUCAACAGGCUCUUAGAAAGAAUCGAAUUUAUUUCCGAACUUCCACUUAAAUUACGUGCUCAUGUUGAUAUCAAAGAAUACGAAGCCGCUGUUGACAUCUGGCUCAAAGCCGAAAAGGUCCUUGAGACGCAGACCCAUUUCGAGUCUUUCAUUCGCAUCAGAGAAGAAUGUAAAGGAAUUCUUGAAGACGUGAAAGUUAAAGUUCGCGGAGUCAUGAUGAGCGAAGAUACAACGGCUAAACAAGCUGUUGCAUGUGCUGCUACAAUGAUAAAGCUUCAAAUGCCCGUAGAUUCGACUCUUGAAGACUUAGUUCGAUUUAGACUACUUCUCCUCGUUAAAAAGAUCGAAAAGCCUGAGGCAUUACCUACUGAUCUGUUUGAGUUGUUAGAUUUCUUCGAAAAGGAAGUCGGAGAAAGCGCAAAUGAAUUAAUUGAAAAUUAUGCGAUAUCUCUUCAGAAAUUUGUCCCAAUCAAGGGCAACAGACAAUUCGACAAGUUCAUGACAGCAUUCAGAAAAGAAUUAUUCGCUAAAAUCAACAAAGCAAUCAACGAUAACGCAUUAAAUACUUUAUCUUGCGAAGAUUUCUCUAACUUCAUUACCAACCUUGUCAACUGUAUCGGAAAAAUUGCAAUACCUCAUCAGCUCGAAGCAUAUCUUUCAAAUCUCCUUCAGAAAUACGUCAAAAACAGAUUCGGAAAUAUUAUUACAGCCACUCUUACUCAAAUCAAGAAAACUGAGACUUCCUCAGACCUUGAUCAAGUUUUCAAAGAUAUUAUCUCCACAUUCAAGCGAAAUCUCACAUCAUUACUCAAUGAAUUCGAAAUCCUGGCAAACACAAACAGCGAAGCCAAAGACCAUAUCAUUCAAGAGACUGCCAAGAUGUUCCAAGGCUUCUUCGACGAAUUCGACAAGAUAGAUCCUCGAUUUUCCCUACUUACAUUUGGAAUUGCCCAUCAAUUCGGGGAAAAGACCAUCCACCUUGCUUUCGACCUUGCUGCCCGCUUCGACCAUGAAUCUCCUCUCCUUAACAUGCAGCAGAUGCUUUGUACGGAGGGCCAUGAAUGCGCACAACGAUCAUUGAGUAGAUUUGUCUCGAUGAAACGAAAGAUGCUUUCAGAGAUGAUUGCUCAAGGCAUGGCCGCACAAGACUGGUUAGAAGUUAAGACUCCUCAUGAUGUUUCGAUCACCUCCAAUUUAGUCAUUCAGGAGAUAUCAUUGAUUUGGCAACAACUCGACAAAAUCAUCCAAAAAGUGAAGGAAGGAAGUGUCGCUUCCACACAUUCCAGCAACUUUUCCAGGACUACUUUGUCCACUUUCUCUACACAGAGCGGUCCUGCAAACCAGAUGCCUUUGUUCCACGGACUGAGGGAUGACGGAAUGAUACAGAUCGACAGGUUGUUCACUACUCUCAAUCACUUGCAUUUGAGACAGGAACCGAAUUUCGAAUCUAAGUCUGUGUUGACUGCAAUCACUUUCUACACGUUGAAGACAAUGUUGGAGUACAUAAGAAAGAGCACUUUCAACUGCGCUGGAUUCAACCAGAUGCAGGUGGACGCGUACUUCAUGUACAUGACUCUUCACGACAAACUGGAAAACCCUGCAAUGUUUAGCGCUCUGAUUGAGGAAAUGUUGUCUUCUGCUGCUGACAGAACAAUCAGUCCGAUUCCGUUCAAAAACGCCGUUCUCAACGACAUUUACGCGAGAUCUGACUCAAAACCUCACCAGAAAGAUGGAAUAUAA